AGUAUCUUUUAUUUUGGCACUUGACUUGAAUCAUAUUUGAUUAACGAAUUAAUUAAUUAAUUAAUUAAUUAAUCCAUCCAUCCAUCCAUCCAUCCAUCCACUAACUACCACUUUUGUUAACUCAUUCAGAAAUCUUACAGACACAUCUUUGACAAGUUCAAUCAUCAUUUUUAACAUCAAACUUAUGCCAAUAACCAACCCACUUUUCAGAGCGCACUUCACUUCACUUCACUUCACUUCACUUCACUUCACUUCACUUCACUCUACAUCACCUAACCUCCUCCUCUACUUUAUUACAUCCACCUACCAAUCAAUCAUUUUUAUUUCAAUUAAAUCCAAUACAACCCAAAUUUCACAUCUUCCAAACAAAAAAAAGAAAUUUCCUCAUUUCACUGAUUCAAGCAUCUGUGAUAUCACCCAUUUUAUCAUCGUUUUCCUCCAUCUCAUCCGCAUUCAACAAAGUUUCGCUUAUCUACGAUCUACGACCCCUUCAUCCAGGUAUCUCAAAAUCGACCUCGAAAUCGUCCUCGCAAUCGUCCUCACAAUCAAAACUCACAAUCGCAGUUGCUGUUGCAAUCACAACUCCACAUUCAAGCCUUAUACCUCAGAUAUUUGUAAUCGCAAGGAAACCCUUCCCGACUUGAAUUUAAAGAGCAAUUCCUCUUGACCUUCAAUUCUUUCUUACCAAUCUCUCCGUCAUCACUCACAUCUGUCACGUUUAUCGAUCGUAUCAUCAUCACACACUGUUACUCUAUUUAUUUUCACUACAAACAAACAUUCACAGUUCAACCAUAUCAGCCCUCCUAUGCUUACCGGAUAUUCCACUUAAAGGAUUGUACAGUGCUAUCAUUACUAAGUAAUCCAAAUGCCAAAGGUAAAGAAGGCAAAGGUGUCGAGAGCAGUCGAGAGCGAACCUCUGGGCAAAGUAUGUACACACAAUACACUCCUCAUCUUUAUCUUUUGAGAAGCCUCUAACGUAGUCAACAGAAACCCAAGACAGAUUCCGAAAGGUUAUUCCACAGUGAGCGAGCAUUUAUCGCUGCAUCCAAUAGAGGCGAUCGUAAAGAGUUUGAAUCACGAAUGAAAUCUGCCCGUUCAGCGUCAGCCAUACACAAGCUGAGAACCGGUCGAGGACUCAUCAUUACCGAGGAAGCUGUAAGAUCAGGAUUAGUUGGCGAGGAAGAGGAAAGCCCAAUGCGGAAGUUUAUGAGAUCUCAUUACUAUCCCAUGUACAAUCAAGUACCCAUUCCUACCACUCAUAAAGAUCUCAUGCAACAUCUGCGAGACAAUCCUGAGUUAAUAGCCAAUAUCCAAGCUUUACUUGACGGUGCUCGAGAAGAAUGUACCCUUGAGCCAGUGGAACCUCAAAUGGCGACGGAGAUGUCACUAUUUAUACAAUGUGGCCAGCAAUUAUUCUCUCAAAAUUCUAAUCAUCCGAGGUCGAUGGCACAAAGUAUGCCUACACCUCCUCCAUCAUUAAGUCGACAUUCAAGUUUUGGACAGAGUGUAUCAUCGCCAUUAUCGAACCAAUCACCAAGCUAUGAUCAAAACAUGGCAUCGCCGCAGAUGGAUCCUAAAUCGAGUCUUGGACAAACUAUGUCAUCGCCAUUACCCUUUAAAACACCGAGGUAUGAUCAAAACAUGACAACCCCACCGAUGAACCAGACUAGCCUUGGACAAUCACCAUUCUCAGACCAAGUACCAGGCUAUGACCAAAAUAUGGCAGUAUCGAUGGGACGAAAUCCAAGCACCCAAAGUCAUCAAAGCAACCAAUCCGAUUCAUCCGGACAAUCAUCGACCUCAUCCACAAACCCAAAUCAAGGCACAUGUCAAAUUAAUACCAGCACAACCCCAGGACCACUUGCCAACAGAAUCGACUAUGCAAUGUAUCAAAAUCCAAUGACUCAGUUACAAAUGAAUCAAAUGCAUCAAUGGAAUUCAAUGGCACAAACUGAUUCAAAUUCAACCUUUCAUCAAACAGCAUUCUCUCAAUUAGCUCCAACAUCAACAAGUGCAAUCGAAGCACAAUCUUUAGGUUCCUUUGCACAAGGUUCAAUGUUAGAAAAUGACGAAUCAUUUGAUUUUAGUCUGGUUGAUUUUAGCGGUGGUCAAUAGAUUCAUUCAUUCAUUCAUGCAUGCAUGCAUGAUUCAUACGGUAGUUCAAUGAAGAAAAAAGUUCUAGCUUGGAGUUUGGGGUACAGGUACAUACAUAUAUGAAUUGGUGUAAGGUGUAAGGUUAAUGGGAUCUUGUUUUUGUUUUUGUAGGUACGAUUAAAGGUGGAGUGGUUGUGGAUAUUUGAUGGAUGGAAGGAAGGAUGGAAUGAUGGAAGGAACGAAGGAAGGAGAGAAGGAGGGAAGGGAUACUAUUAUUUGGUUUGGUUUGGGAAUACAUAGGGAUAUGGAUAUACAUACGGAUAUGGUAUAUGGAAUAUGGCGAAAUUGGAGGGUUCUGGUAAUAUAUACCCAUCGGAUGGAUUUGUGUAUAUUAUAUCAUAUUAUAUUAUGAUAUGGGAGU